AUGGGAGAUGAGUUUUUUAUCGACAUCGUCUUCAUCGCAGGGGGACAGACUCAGCUACUGGUGCAGGAUUCAGAUCAUGUGAAGGAUGUGAAGAUCCGCUUGAAAGAGCAUUGCGAGAGCCCGAACACAUCAUUCAAACUCUUGUUCUGUGGUGCUGACCUUCCUGAUGAUCGGACGCUUUAUUCCCUUGGUGUUGGACCGACUGAAAGGGGCUCGCCUUGUUUAUAUUGUGUGGGCAUGGAAGAUGUGGGCGAGGUCACCAGGACUGGAAAGAAUAUGCUGAGCGUCAUCAAUCUGUCUGGCGGUCAUGUUGCACUACCGGCAGGAGAGUUUGACAUGGUUGGAGAUCUGAAAGAAACUCUGACAAGAAGCCUCACCUUACCUGUGGAUCGAAUGCGUUUGCUACACAGGGGCUCAGAACUGAAGAACGAAACCCCUUUGAGUAAGCUGACCGAAGGUUUGGGUGCAAGUUCCCCGGCUCCAAUCUAUGUCUUUGAGAGACCUGAUCAUUCACACAAUGUGGGAGAUCGUGCAGGUCGCAAACAGCCUCUGCGCCUAGAGACGGAAGGAGAAAUAGCAUUGCCCCCUGCAUAUGGAUUGCAUAGCGGCUUGCAAAGCAUCAAGCCAAUGGAGGUUGACCAUUUUCAGAGCGAUGCCAACGAAAGCCACUUCAAUGAAGCUGACGAUUUUGGACGGCUCUAUGCGUUUCUGCUGUUUACAGCAGCUUUGUGGAUCUCUGGCAAGCUUUUUGCACGCUUGGGCAUGCCAGCUUUAGUCGGUGAGAUUCUUGUAGGUAUCCUUGCUGGACCUCACGCUAAAAACCUGGUGCCUGAGACUGAUGCUCUGAUCUUGCAAGGCGAGUUUGCCCUGGUUCUACUCAUGAUUGAAGCUGGCCUACACGUUGACAUGGAAAUGAUAAAGAUUGUCGGCCUUCGUGCUCUCGCAGUAGGAGUGAUUGGCUCCUUCCUGCCCAUGGGCCUAGGCAUGGCCGUGGCGACUCUAAUUCUGAGACUGGACGCCAUGGAAUCUUUUGCAAUCGGCGCUUCUUUUGCCACCAUGUCAACGGGAAUUGCCUUGAACGUGAUGAAAGCAGGAGGGGUGUUGAACCAACCAAGUGGACAACUGCUUUUGGCGGCAGCCACGGUAAAUGAACUAAUCAAUAUCUCGCUGAUCACCGAAAUAGAUGCAGUGGUGGCGAAUGGGCCAUGGCAUACUUUUGUUGUUCCAAUAGUGAUCAUGCUAUUCUUGGUUGUGUUCAUGAGCUUUCUGGCAGUCAAAGUCGUCCCUUGCUUUUUGGACCAGGUCCUGCCGCGCGUUGACCCCAAAAACCAAGAGAAUGUCGUGCUUGGACUGCUACUUGCGACGACUGUGGUUUACAUGCCAGCGUGUAAACUAACAGGCUCUUCCGCGUUGCUGGGGGCAUUCCUUGCCGGAUUUUGUUUUUGCACAGAUGAGCAUGUCCACCACACCUGGAAACGCCAGGUAAAGAGGGUGGCUACCUUCUUGAUGCGUUACUUUUUUGCGUGUAGCAUUGGCUUCACCGUGCCUGUGGAAGACUUCCGAAACAUUGAAGUCUGGAGACGUGCGUCUAUCCUGCUUGUGUGCAUAGUUGGGAAGAUAUGCAUGGGUUUAUUUGCUAUGCCCUUGACGCUGAAUGAGUUCUUAAGCUUGGGUUUUGCUUGGGGCAGCUGGGGCGAGUUCUCCUUCAUCCUAGCCGUACGUGCGUUGAGGGGCAAUCUCUUAAGCGGGGAGAACUACAGCGCCCUUGUUCUAGCUGUCCUGAUUUCAAUUCUGAUUUGUCCAACUGCUUUGCGCUUCGUUCUGUCGCGAAGCGAAAAAGAAGCGAAGAGGUGCAUUCAAGAAGCAAAGAAAGACACUGCCUGGGAUGAAACGGGAGUUGCUCACCCAGUCUACUACUGUAUACAGACCCGCUCGCAUGCCCUGUGGGGCCAGCAGGGUGCCUUGCUGAAUAUGCUGGUGGAGGUGGGAUGCAAAAUCGUUGACUUCCGCUCUUUCCACCCCUUCUCCGAUGUUGGGACACAGCAUGUCAUCAAUGAGCUCUAUUUGAAGGAUACGCAGCUGCAGCUCGUACUGGCAGAGCAACUGGAACCUGCAGACCAGGAGCGGCUGAACCUUCGUACUAAGGAGAUUCUGCGUGCAGUUCUUGCCGCCUUGCGUUCAGCUGAAGUCAAGAUCUUCAGAUGGCAACCGGGUGAAGGCACCUCAGAGCUCAUUGAGGAAGUCCACCAUGGGGCGAGUUCGUACGAUGUGCCCGUGGGGAGCUUCAGACGAUCAGAGAGUCCCUACGACCAGAUCGCAGCACAACAAGCACACGUAGAAAUACAACAAGCUAUGACCAGGCAUGGGCAAGGUGACAUGCGUGCAGUGCUGGAUGAGUACUGCCACCCAGGUACUCCCAAAGCACAUCAUGAGUUGGAUGGUUGGGUCCACACAGAUGCUCACGACGCUUUCCACCUGAUGAAUGUAAAGCCACACUCUCGGAGCAUGGCAAGCUCUGAAGACUUCGGUGAAAGUUCCGUCGAGGAAAGCACCGCAUCUGAGAGGGUCUGAGAGAUCCUGAUGGUCACUAUGCUUUCCGCCGCAUCAAUCCAUUUCAAUCCAAUACCCUGCAGAUCCGCUCAGAAUAUGUACAGUUGAGAUCAGUUGAGAUCAGUUGAGCCUUGCAGAUCUUGCAGUGGCCCUGCCUAUUCAUCUCCGCCAAGCUCUUUCCGGCAAUGCGGAACAGGUACAGAGCCGCGACUGGCUAGCAAUUCGCGCUGCAUAUGCACAAUAUAUGCACAAUAUUUCCCAUAAGUCAUAAGUCUAUACAUUGAAGGAGCUAAGGAGUUGAUGGAUUCCCCUGAGACAGGAGGAAUGGAAUCAGCUCCGGCUCCGGAUCGGCAUGCUGGAAUCCCAAGGUGGAAUCCUGUUUGCCAUAUGCACGGACAUCAGCAUGCCAAUAACACAAACGGCACGUAUUCCAUCAGAAAGUAGGGUAUGCAAGGGCUCAACUCUGCAUGCUUGGCAAACACUUGUAGAAAGCUUGCUCGUGCAAACUGCCCAGUUGUUCGCACAUAGAAUGCUGCACCCCUUGCAUUGACGCCAC